GUAAAUAAAACCUCGAAUUUGCAUAUAAUAAGGAAGAAGAGCCCAUUGUCUCAGAAUUUUGGGUUUUGGAAGGAAUUUCCGGUAAUUGGUGCUCGUUACUGGCAGCAAUGUCUGACAUUGAUCAGCCGGAGGAACCUCAGUCAUCGCGUCCUCUUACUGUCUACGAAAGACUCGACAAAAUUCGACGAGGCGAAGCGACGAUAAAAACAAAAGUUAGUCCUUUGAAGUUUAAUAAAAAGCCAAAAUAUGUAGGCGGAUUGCGAAAUAAUGGAGAGUUUUGUACCUUGGAUGAAGGUGACUAUAAUAGUCGAAUUGCACGAUCUGUUGCUUUUAGAGUUGCGCCAUCUGUUGUUGCACUGACGUCUUUCGUAGGAGAAAAAUUCCGUUUUAGUUGCUCAGGAUUUUUCAUCGAGUGGAAUGAUAUGUAUGGAACGAUCUUAACCUCUGCUAGUCUCUUCAUAGGAUAUAAGGAUACCAUGCCUACCAUUACCAAUGUUACGGUUGAAGUACAUUUGCCCAAUCGCGAAACAGUGCCUGGUUCCAUUUCACAUGUUGAUCUUCAUCACAAUAUUGCCAUUCUUACGGUGCCAUCUGUUCCUAAACUUCAUGUUGCACUCUUCUGCCUGAUUUUGAGCUGUUUUCUCCUGGGAAGAGUGUGGUAGCCCUUGGUCGACAUGCUAGCUCGUACAAUUUGC